GAGGCCGGCGUCGCCCUCCUGGCGGGAGAUUCGCGGGGCGCGGGGCGCGGGGCGACCAUGGAGCGGCUGCGGGACGUGCGGGAGCGGCUGCAGGCGUGGGAGCGCGCAUUUCGGCGGCGGAGCGGGCGGCGUCCGGGCCAGGAGGACGUGGACGCGGCGCCCGAGGAGACCCGCGCGCUCUACCGGGAGUACCGCGCCCUGAAACAGGCCUUGGGCCAGGCCGGCGGCGUCGGGCCUCACAGCUCGGAGCGGUCGCUUCCCGCGGCGGCCGAGGAGAUGGCGGAGCCCAGCUGCUGGGGCCCCCACCUGAAUCGAGCUGCAACCCAGAGCCCCCAUCCUCCGUCAAAGCUGAGCCCUCAGGAGUCUGUGCGGGACUACGGGAAGAGGCUCAAGGCCAACCUAAAAGGCAGUGCGCAGGCUGGCCCAGCCCCGAGUGGAAUACCCCGGCUUGCACGAAGAUCCUCCUCCAAGAUGCCUUCCCCAGGGCCACCAGGCACAGGGGCUGCUGCCAUUUCUCCGGAAGUCAGCGAGGUGCCCCCCCAGCCUCCCAGGCCCCAGCUGAGGCCAGGCCGGCUCCAGCAGCUGAGGGCAUCCCUGAGCCUACGGCUGGGCUCCCUAGACCUUGGUUGGCUGCAGCGGUGUCACAACGGGACCCCAGAUUUUCUGGAGGUUCCCAGCACCUGCCAGCCUGGCAUGGGUGCAGAGGAGUCACAGCGUCUUACUUCAGCGUCCCUACCUGCCCUUGGUCCCAGAGCUGGAUCUGAGAUCCCUUUACAGGGCCCAGAGGCUCCAGCCCUACCAGCAGCUGGUGUCAGUACAAGGAAUCCCCAGCCUGGUAACCGUCAAGGCAAGAAGCGGAGACGGAGUGGGGAGUCAGAGGGAAGCCCUGUGCAGACCCAGCGGGACAGCGGCCAAGCAGGACCGCUGCUUGCGGGAGCUGGGACUGCAGUGGCUGCAGAAGACUGUCCAGAACAGCCUCUGCAGGCGCAACCCCCCAGCAAGCCCCCAGCCCCCAGACGUGCCGUCCAGGACAAGGGGAACUAUGUGCGGCUCAACAUGAAGCAGAAACACUACGUGCGGGGCCCGGCCCUGAGGGGCAGGCUCCUCUGCAAGCAGGUGUGGAAGCAGAAGUGGUGGAAAAAAAGAGAGUGUUUUGGGGGUGGUCAGCCCAGAGCCACAGCCCGGGAUUCUCACUCCCAGUGUGGGCAGCUCAGGCACUGGGCACCCCAGUGCCCUCAGCCAGAACCUACGCUGGCCCUUCAGAGCGAGGGUGUCAAGGAUGAGAACUGCGCACAGACCUGGCCCACGUUAGAGGAAGUAUCGCAGAGAACAGGCGCAGCCUCCUACCCACUCGCUGCAGGUGAAGAAGACACAGAGCCUGUGGGGCCUGAGCUGCUCGUGCCCACGGGGCCGUCUCUGCCCAAGGUGUCCUGUCCGCUUCCUUCCGUGCCACCACUCUACCCGACAGGGCCCUCAGGACAGGUGGCAGACACACCAGCUGAGGUGUUUCAGGCCCUGGCGCAGCUGGGGCACCAAGCCUUCUACCCCGGGCAGGAGCGUGCCGUCAUGCAGGUCCUGUCUGGCGUGUCCACGCUGCUGGUGCUGCCCACGGGGGCUGGCAAGUCUCUGUGCUACCAGCUCCCUGCACUGCUCUACUUCCGGCGGGGCCCCUGCCUCACUCUGGUCAUCUCUCCUCUCAUGUCGCUCAUGGACGACCAGGUUUCCGGCCUGCCCCCAGGCCUCAAGGCGGUCUGCAUCCACUCGGGGAUGACCAAGAAGCAGCAGGUCUCUGCCCUGCAGAAGGUCCGGUCGGCCCGGGUGCAGGUGCUGAUGCUGUCACCAGAGGCGCUGGUGGGGGCCGGGGGCACGGCCUUCCUCACGCAGCUGCCCCCGGUUGCCUUUGCCUGCAUCGACGAGGCCCACUGUCUCUCUCAGUGGUCCCACAACUUCCGGCCCUGCUACCUGCGUGUCUGCCAGGUGUUGCGGGAACGCAUGGGUGUUGGCUGCUUCCUGGGUCUCACAGCCACGGCCACACGCAGCACUGCCCUCGACGUGGCCCGGCACCUGGGCGUGGCCGAGGAGUCUGUCCUCAGGGGACCAGGCACCAUCCCUGCCAAUCUGCACCUCUCCGUGUCCUCAGACAGGGACCCAGACCAGGCUCUGGUGACGCUGCUGCACAGCCCUCGUUUCCGUGCCCUGGACGCGGUCAUCGUCUACUGCAACAGGCGGGAGGAGACGGAGCGUGUGGCUGCCCUGCUGCGCACCUGCCUGCGUGAGGCCUGGGACCCGGGACCCCGAGGCCGAGCCCCGGAGGCUGUGGCCGAAGCCUACCAUGCUGGCAUGUGCAGCCGGGAGCGGCGACGGGUGCAACGGGCCUUCAUGGAGGGCCGGCUGCGAGUGGUGGUGGCCACGGUGGCCUUCGGGAUGGGGCUGGACCGGCCGGACGUGCGGGCUGUGCUGCAUCUGGGGCUACCCCCAAGCUUUGAGAGCUACGUGCAGGCUGUGGGCCGGGCUGGGCGCGAUAGGCAGCCUGCACACUGCCACCUCUUUCUCCGGCCCCAGGUGGGUACACGCCCCACCGCCCCUCCCCCAGCCCCGCUGUGUGCCUCGUACGCCCACGUUCGCACCGCUCUGCCGCAGGGCCAAGACCUGUGGGAGCUGCGCAGACACGUGCACGCGGAUGCUGUCGACUUCCUCGCCGUGAAGAGGCUGGUGCAGCACGUGUUUCCUCCCUGCACCUGCGCCCGCCGGCCCCCAGAGCACGAGGGAGGCGAGAGCUGGGAAAGGCCCUUGGCCAGAGCCCCUGUCCCAGAGCACGAGGGAGGCGAGAGCUGGGAAAGGCCCUUGGCCAGAGCCCCUGUGGCUGCGUCUCCGCAGGAUGCUGACCAUCCCAGCACUGAGGGCACAGCCCGGUGCCCAGGCCAUGAGCGGGCGCUGCCAGUGCAGCCCACCGUGCAGGCCCUGGAUAUGCCUGAGGAGGCCAUCGAGACCCUGCUCUGCGACCUGGAGCUGCACCCACAGCGCUGGCUGAAGCUCCUGGCACCCACCUAUGCCCGCUGCCACCUGCGCUUCCCGGGGGGCCCCACCCAGCUCCAGGCCCUGGCCCACAGGUGUCGCCCCCUGGCAGUGUGCUUGGCCCGGCAAUGCCCCAAGAACACCAGUAGGGAGAGCAGUUCUGUGGAGGUGGACGUGGUCGAGCUGGCAGACUCCAUGGGCUGGGAGCUGGCCCCCGUGCAACGUGCUCUCCACCAGCUGCGGUGGGAUCCAGAGCCCAAGACAGGUUUGCCUCGGGGCACAGGGGUGCUGGUGGAGUUCAAGGAGCUGGCCUUCCACCUGCGCAGCCCUGGGGACCUGACAGCCCAGGAGAGGGACCGGAUCUGUGACUUUUUGCAUAACCGCGUGCAGGCCCGUGAGCGAGAAGCCCUGGCCCGCCUGCACCGCACCUUCCAGGCUUUUCACAGCGUGGCCUUCCCCAGCUGCGGGCCAUGCCUGGAGCAGCCCAGCGAGGAACGCAGCGGCAGGCUCAAGGUCCUGCUCAGUCGGUACUUUGAGGAAGAGUUAGAGGCACCGGGGGGCGUGGGAGCCGAGGAGGACCCGGAGCUAGGACAGGCCAGGCUCCAGGACUGGGAGGACCAGAUCCGCCGGGACGUCCGCCACCUCCUCUCCUCAUGGCCAGAGCAGCGGUUCUCGGGCAGGGCUGUGGCCCGAGUUUUCCACGGCAUCGGUGCGGACCCGGGAGACCUCGUCCUGACAAAGGCGGGGCUGGGGGCAGACCUGGCCUGGAGUCCUCAGAGCCGUGUCUCCUUCCACUGCAGGGAGCCCCUGCUACCCGGCCCAGGUGUACGGGCGGGACCGGCGCUUCUGGAGAAAGUACCUGCACCUGAGCUUCCAUGCCCUCAUGCACCUGGCCACAGAGGAGAUCCUGCUGUGGAGGUGCUGACUGCUGUGUGCCUUGGGAGGGCCCAGUUCCCCGUGUCACAGGCAAGGGCCUGAGCAGGGGCUGUGUGGCCAGUGGGGGUGUCGGGUGCAGCAGAUCCUCAAGGCAAGAACGGGGAGAUCCCAGUGGCCAGGACAGCGACCAACCACCCUGGACAAAGCCUACCACCGGGAGCACGGGAGCGAGGAGGACCCAAAGUGCAGAAUAAAAGAUGCUC